CUUCGGAGAAAUCGUCUGCUUUGUUCAGGAAACCGAUAUUUCUAUGUUUUUUGUUUCGUUGAUUGAACACACUCUCGAAUUAAACGGAUCAGAAAGUAACGUUCUUGCGUCGAACCCGUCGAACGGUUGAACACGAGACACGGAGCGACCGCCUCGUCGGCCAACGACAAACCUUAGUCUCUUAUUAUUGUUUUGGUUCUGCGGCGCAUGCGUAUUUUCCCCCACGCUCGUGUAAACAAACCGUUAACUCGUGAGCUCUCUGGCGAAUCGAUAAUACAUUCGCCACUUCCUUAUUCACCCGGUCCCCUUUCCUCCCGCAAAACGGUGAACAAGCAUACGGUGAUACGAUUUCACUCGGUACUUCGCGAUUUCUUGUGAUAAGAUUGUAUUCCAACGGAUGACACGUUGCACGCUAGUAACAUCGGUUUUUUGCUUCGAGGCUCGAGUCCCGAAAUGAUCAGAGCUGGGUUGAGUUUGGAAAUUGUACGAAGUGGAUAGUAGACGGGAGGAUGGCGAGUACGAUGUCGUCGUAUAACGAAGAAUCGCAAGAAGCUGUUGUUGAUCUCAAUGAACUAUACGGUGUCAGAGAUGGAACACUUUUUAUCGUGGACGCAAGUCCACCGAUGUUUGAAAAUCAUAGCCGUGAUCGGCCUGAGGAAAAAGAAGUCUCGUACUUUGUACAAUCUAUAAGGCGUGUCAAAGAGAGUCUUAAACAGAAGCUGAGUUGGAACAGGCAAGAUUGGAUGGGUCUUGUAUUUUUUGGAACAAAAGAAUGUGACCCAAAUAGUGAUAUGAAAAACAUACUGACCAUUCAGAAAUUACUUCCUGUUUCAAUUGAUUGUUUAAAAGAAGUCAUCAAAAUAGAUGAAAAAAAUAAAUGGGAACAGUAUAGAGAUUCAGCUUCUUCAACUGACUAUCCGUUACAUGAUGUACUAUGGCAUGCAGCACAAUUAUUCCAUGAUAAGAAUGUCACUAUGCCACUCAGAAGAGUAAUUCUUUUCACUUGCCAAGAUAAUCCACAGCUAACUAGCGAUGAGAAACACAGAAUAAGGGCACAGGCAAAGGCUUACAAUGAUUUAAACAUUAAGCUGUUUGUUGUCGGUUUAGGUGAAAGUUGGGACCACAACUUGUUUUAUAAAGAUCUAGAAAUAUUGUCAAGAGAUAUUGACGCUGACAAUUAUAAGACAACGUCUCUAAACGAUCUGAUGGAUCAAGUAGUAUUGUUAUCCAGAAAUAUGUCCAAACUUGCGUGGAGAUUCGGGCAAGACGUGAAUAUAGACGUGGUUCUUCGAAAUCUCGUUGCCAAGACUCAAUAUUUGAAGAAGGAAAAUAUGAGCAAAGAAACUAAUGCCCCUUUAACUUCAAAGACGUGCUAUGUAGUGGCAAAGGAAGUAGAAGAUGAAGAGAAUGAAAACGAUGAAGACGAAAUAGAGACGUCGCAGCCUGUGGCGUCAACGGAUCUUGAAUGGAGUAUAAAAUAUGGUGGUGAAAGUAUAUGUUUCACUUCGAGAGAAAAGAGGUCCAUGAAGUCGAUGCGACCAGCAGGCAUCGAUGUAGUUUGUAUGAAACCUAUUUCGUCUCACCUUCUGUACCAUUUCGAAACGCCGUAUUUCGUCUUACCGUCGGACAAAAGUACUCGAAAAGAUAAUGCUCUGUUAUUCGACGCAUUGCUCAACAAAUGUAACGAGAAGGAGUUAAUGAUAAUAGUCUUGGUAACUAUAAGAAAAUAUUCUAUCCCACUACUUUAUACCAUGUUACCAAACGUUAAGAAAGGAGGAUUUUAUUUAUACAGAAUACCGUACAAAGAGGACGUGCGAAGCCUCAGCGAUAUAUUGUCGCAGUACGUGUUCAAUGACGAGACGAAGUGCCCGUUCAGUCCGAAGGCAGUCGAACUACUGGAGGAAAUCAUAAAAAGAAUAGGAAUAAACGAUGAACCAAAAAUGUGCUCUAAUCCCAAACUUCAGUCUCAAUUUAAGGCCGUCGAAACUUUAGCUCUCGAUUUAGAGAAGAGCGAACCCAUCGUUGACGAUACGCUUCCACAAACCGAAAAAAUGCGUAAAUGUGUGAAAGAUCUUUUGGAAGAAUAUAAUGAAAUAUUUAAGAGUGACGAACCACCAACGAAGAAAUCUAAGAAAAUUCAGGAAGCCGCGGGUAAACUCGAUACGAUGAGCAAGGAACAGAUACGGGAGCUCGUGAAAAAUAAUACAAUAGACGGUUAUACUGUAGCGCAAUUGAAGAUGAUUUUAGAGACGUUGCCACUAAAAAGGACUGGCAAGAAGGAUGAGUUAAUUAAGAGACUUAAAGAUUAUUUCAACAACUAAAAUAUGUCGCAUGCUACACCGUUCAAUACCUCAGGAAAAAAUAAACCACAGUAUUUUUCUACUAAUCGUUAAUCAUAUUUUAGUAUUGUUAUAUUUAAAUAAAAAGAUGUUCUAUUCCGUA